GCAUCCUUGAGGAGAUGGAUUCCUUCUGCUUUUCCUGUUUCCAAAAGGAGGAGCUGCAGCCUUUGCAACUGAACAGUGUGACAAUGAGUGCAGGCUCCAUUGAUCAGGAGCCUUCACGCAAGCUGGCUUGCUGCGGAGUACCGGUCAUCACUGAAGACAUGCAGUCGCUGGCCAUCCGCACGCUCUCCGGCACGGACAUCAACAAGCAUUAUGACCUCAUCCGUGAGUUGGGAAAGGGAACAUACGGCAAGGUGGACCUCGUCUCCCACAAGAGCACAGGCACCAAGAUGGCAUUGAAAUUUGUCAACAAGAAUAAGACCAAACUGAAAAACUUCCUGAGAGAGUUCAGCAUCACCAAUACACUGUCCUCAAGCCCCUUCAUCAUCAAGGUCUUCGAUGUGGUCUUUGAGACUGAAGACUGCUAUGUCUUUGCCCAGGAAUAUGCUCCUGGUGGGGAUCUCUUUGACAUCAUUCCUCCCCAGGUGGGGCUUCCUGAGGACAUGGUGAAGCGUUGUGUACAACAGCUGGGUCUGGCGCUAGAUUAUAUGCACAGCAAAAACCUAGUGCACCGGGACAUCAAGCCGGAAAACGUGCUCCUCUUUGACCGUGACUGUCGGCGGGUCAAGCUGGCUGAUUUUGGCAUGACGCGCAAGGUGGGCUGCCGAGUGAAGCGCAUCAGUGGGACCAUCCCUUACACGGCGCCCGAGGUGUGCCAGGCUGGACGGGCAGAGGGUUUUACUGUGGACACGAGCAUUGACGUGUGGGCCUUCGGGGUGCUCAUUUUCUGCGUCCUGACCGGCAACUUCCCUUGGGAGGCUGCCUCAGCAUCAGACACAUUCUUUGAGGAGUUUGUCAGGUGGCAGAAGGGGCGCCUGGCAGGCUUGCCCUCCCAGUGGCGCCGUUUCACGGACAACGCGCUGCGCAUGUUUCAGCGCUUACUGGCCCUUGACCCAGAGAAGCGCUGUCCUGUGAAGGAGGUCUUCUUCUUCAUCAAGUAUGACCUGAUGUCGGAGGUCCGCCGCCGGCCGUCCUAUCGUUCCCGCAAGCACACUGGAGACAAGCUCUCUGCCGGCCCUCACCGCCACGAGACGCCCAGCACCUGCACCCCGACCCCACUCAAGAGGACCAUCCUAACAGAAGGCAGUGUCUCCCGGUUGUCCGGCUCAGAGUCCGGCCUGCCUUCCCCAGGGGGAGGGAGCAGAACUGACGGACGUCAGGACAAAGGGAAAGGCCAAAUGGUGCUGGCCACAGCCAUUGAAAUCUGUGUCUGAUGAGGAUGCAGUAGGCUCCUCAGUGCCUCACAGCCUGCAGUCAAGAUGUCAGCGACACUGCGGCGUCCUCUUCUGCUCCGGUAUGGACUGCGUGCAGAAGAAUUCUCUCUUUUUAAAAAUUAUAUCCUCAAAGGGACCGGAAUCUGUAUCUUUUGAAGCAAAAAAAGGAAAAAAAAGAAAAAAGAAAAACAGUGAAAAAAUAAUAGGAACAGCAAAAAGAGAGGAAAAGAUGAAUCUCAGUGAACUCAGUAAUCCUAAGGAUGCAAAAGGUUAUCUGUUGGCGUAGCUAUUUCCUCACACAAAGACUGAGAGCCAAGAGUUGAAGGAAGGGACCAGUGGGGGCCAGUGGCUGGAAAGGAACGAGAGAGAGAGAAAGAAUGAGAGAGCGGGCAUAGCGUAGUGGUGUGAUACCAACGAUGAACACUUGGCGAACUUGCACUGCCAUUUCAUUCUGAAAAAUAGCGAGGCUCCUCCAACAGGCAGGACAGACAGGGCUAGUUUUCAGAUGGUUUCUAUGUAGAGCAGGGACCCUAGCUAAGAAAUGAGAAUUGAUAUUGUGGGGGCGGGUGGUGGGUGGUGGGCAGGUCUGAAGGGAUGGAAGUGGGACAGUUGAUCUGGCAGGCAGCUUCUUCACAGCAUUGAUGCUGCCUGCCGGGAUAGACAAUAAGUAGGUGCUGAGUGAAAAGAUGUUCUUUCGACCAUCUGGACAGGACGGACAGGUCACAACUCUCCGUCACCCCAGAAGGGCAAUAAGCAGGGUCUGAUAGAGCCUUGUGGUUGGCUUUCAUCCCAGUCCAUCUUGUGUGGGGUCCAGGUAGAGGUGCGCUAGUACCCUGUAGACCAUGGAUGUGGGGGGAAAAACCCUCCCCAGAUCCGAGGCUCAUGACUUCAGCACACCGAGGGAGGCCUCGGCAGAGUUGAGGAGACUGCCUGGCACUUGUCUCCUUUAUGCACUCCGUGUCCUGAUUUCAAAGGGAGCCCUGGAGUACCUAGAAAGUAAAAGAUGGCCCAAGCCAUGGGAUUUGGCUCCAAAGAACACGUGGUUUUAUCUCUUCCUUAGAAGAGUGGUAAAGGAGCAUCAGUUGUUUUCUCCUCACUUCUGAGUGGCACAUGCCCCCUUUGCCCAGUAAGAACAAAAGGCAGAAUCAGGAUGACUGGGGGACUUAUCGCAGAAUUAUCACAGGGCUGCCAGGGAAGCAGUUGGUGCCACUGAUGUAGCAAAUGUUUCCUGUGUUGUGUGUGUUUGUGUGUGUGUGUGUGAGAGAGAGAGUGCAUAUAUGUGUGUGUUUGUGUGUGUGUAUUUGUGUCUACAUGGUUGUCAAGUCAACUGUCAAGUAAACCACUCUUUACUAUGCGGCCAUCACCCCUCAGGAAAAGAGACACUUUCUUUUCUCUUAAGGCCUAACAAUAAGGCUGGGCACUCAGACCUAACCGUGGCGAAGGCAAAAGGGAAGCCAUUUUGUGUAGAACCAGAUACCCAACUUUGGUCAGCAUUAUGUGACGAUGUGUCUUGGGGGAACAGCUCUGUGUUGGAGAGCAAGCUUCCUCCCAUUUCCCGCUAUGAGUUCAACCACUGAUACUGAAUUGUCCUGUUGAACAGUUCAGGACUUGGUAGACAUUUCGGUGAGUUAGAAUGUAGGAUGGUCCUUCGGAGAACUCAAAAGGGAUGCAGAGAAAUGGGUUGUCUAAACCAACCAAGAGCAUGGUUGUGUUACGACAACUUUAAUAUCAAACUAAGUAGGGGCCUGACAGAAUCUUUUAUGGCUGCCUAGCCAAGAUUUAGCUGAGGUGAGGGAAGUCUGUCUCAAACUGCUCCAGAUGAUAGUAUGCUAGAUCUGCUGGAGUAAAAAAGUGGAUGAGAUUUACAGCAACCACAUCUAGAGCCUUCAGAAAGAGUCAUGGAGCAAUAGCCUCUACCUAAUGGAGACCCUCAAACAAACCAAGGGCUCAUUUCAUACAACUGUUUGACUUUCUAAAUCAGUUUGGUAUACCUAUGGCAAAAUGGCUCUAAGUUUCUUUGGAAUACAGAAAGGGUGGUUCCUGUUCAUUGUGUUUUCAGCCUUCACAGUGUUGUUAGGCUCCCUAGGCCACCAAAGAAAAUAUUUUGGAGAUAGUGCCAAUGGUAGAAUGUUCCAUCAAAUCAUAGGUGAUAUGGAUGGCACCAUCCCAGCUGAUGGAUGGAUGGAUGGAUGGAUGGAAGGAAACACCAGGCCAUACAGAAAAUAAACCUAUAGUUGUGUGUCCAAAGAUCCCGUACAUCAUCUCCGAGGUGAAUUAGAGGCAGGUGGCUCCAUUUUGAAGGUUAGUUUGGAAUUAACCCAAGGAUGGGGCUAUGGAAAGCUCCUACCAACACAACACCCUCCUUUCACCAAGGGCUUAGACCAAUACUAACCUCCCAGUGCUGUUGACCUGCGAGGAGGACCUUCUUCUGAGAGUCACUGGCAAUUGCCCCAUUCAGUGCUGUCGCUUUGGGGAGGGUAAAACUCUGGAGGAAGCAUCUUUUCUUGUGCAACCUUUCUCCUUGUGAAGCCAAGUUGGUUAAUGUCUUUCCCCUGUUCCGAUCCAUGCCAAACUACUACCCUGCAAAUAUAGAUGGUAGUGGUAGUGGGCAGAGAAACUCGGCCCAGUCCUUCAUUCCCUUACCCCUUCUCCAAACCAGACGGUGGGCAUGCCUUGUGUGUGCCAGCCUCCCCAAGGCUCCAUUCUUUCUGCACAAAGGGCUAAAAUGCUAUUUCUGAAGCAACAGCAGUUUACAAAACAAAACAACACAAAAGUGGCUGCCCACCAUCCAUUCCCCUUCCGCCCUUCCCGACUUGAGGGGAACACCACCCGGCAACUGGCUUGUGUGUGUGUAUGUGUGUGUAUAUGUGUGUAAGUGUAAAAAGGUAAGGGUAUGUUUUCUAUGGAAUCAGUGCCAACUAUGGCACCCAAAUAUUAGGAGCGCCCUUGCCAAAUAUAGACCCGAUUAUCCAUUAAACCUGGAUAUGUGGCAGUCUGACCCAACCAUGGCCAUCACCUUCUCAUCGUCUCAACUAGACUAUGACAAGGUUAGGAAGACAGCGGGAAGGACGCCGCCUAACCUCCCUUUUCUACUGCCCUCCAAGUGAGCUUUCAGUGCUGGAGACACCAAGGAUCACCUUCUUUGCUGUGACCCGGUAGCGUUACCCUUCAUUUCUCCACUAAACCUGUUAAUCUGUACGUCUUGACACUACCGUCUCGGAGUCUUCUGGGGAGAAUGCAGCUGCUUCAUUCCCCUCUCUCUUGGCUUUGCCCCAUUGCCUCCUAUGUAUGUCUGGAGGUCGAGGUGGCAGCCGACGCUAGGAUUUUUUUAGGAAUAGGCAAUGCACAGAUUUUAGAUAUUAGCCGCUACUUCUCCUUUUUGCCUUAGGUCCCAACUGUCCUUGAUCUUUUGUGCAAUAAUGUAGAUAAGGAUUAAGAACACCACAUAGACCUUGUUUUUUUGGUUUUGUUUUGUUUGAUUUUUGAUUUUUUGGGGGUGGGAGGAGGGAAUUGAAGGGAAACGUUGGGGAAGUUGGGAGCAGGGCCUAUUGGGUUGCGCGCAAGUGUGAGAUGUUUUCCAUUACCUUUGUCCCUUUGUUCAUGGUUGUUCCCCCCCUUUUGUUGACUGUCCAAACUUGGACCUUUCUCCCCUCCGCCGCGUAGGAGACUUUUCUCGUGUUAAACGUGUGUUACCUCAAUUUCUGUCACCGUUGAGAAAGAAGAAAAGCUUUUUUUAAAAAAAAUGAAAGAAAAAAAUCAUAAUAAAAAUGGAAACAGAUAAGUUGGGAAAAAAGCAAAAAAAAAUUGUAUGGAAGGUGGAUAUCUUAUGGAAGAUAAGUCUUUUUUUAAAUGGUAAUUUCUUGUUGUAGCUACUGAGACAGUGAAGCUUUCCCAAAGUCGUAACUGUGACAAGCGUCCUUCAGUUCUGGGGCAAAGUGGGACUUUCCAAAAGCCAAGACCUUUGGCAGAUGUAGCAGUGGAUUGUGGCUUUCCAUCAAACCUAUCCCAUGUCAGCUGGGGGAUACUGGGAAUGGUAAGUCCUCCAAAACAUGUGAAGUCGAAGGCCUUCACGGCUGGCAUCCAUAGUUUUCUGUGGGUUUUCCGGCCUGUGCGGCCACAUUCUGGGAGAAUAAUUUCCAAGUAAUUUUAACAAGCCCUUGUUGUUAACUGUCCUCAAGUCAACUUCAGCAUCUGAGGAAGUAGCCCAAAUCUACCAAAGCUUGUGCUACAAUAUAGGUAUUGUUGGUUGCAUGUUAUUGGAUUUGCUGUAUGGCCAACACGGCUACCCCUAGAUCAGUGAUAGCGAACCUCUGGCACGC